AUGAUCACGCGCUCUAAGCUUGCAGAGCAGCUCAGAGAUUACCAGAUCCGGUCCCAGCACAAGUGGGCUCUCCUCACCAUCUUUUCCCCCAAACCUCAGAUCAACAGCCGGUUUGUGACAGAUCUAUUCACCUCUAGUUCUUCAUAUUUUCAAGCUCCUUUGUUCUUUCUUGUUUCUAACCGUAUUUUAUGGCUUUGGGAAAUUUUACUUUAUGGUUCUUCGGCCGUUAAAUUUUCGCUAGAUUUCGGAGUUUUCUAUUUUAUUUUAAAUCAAUGAUACGAUUUUCAUUGUUUGCUUGCUGCAAUUUUUCAAAUGUUAGAGAUAUGAUUUUUACAUCAACCGUAUGUGGUCGUCUUUUGGAGCUCGAGUUGAAGGACGGAGCGAAUCUUUUUCUUCGGGGAUAUUACGGUUCACCUGCUGCGCAUCUUCUCCAGAUGCCCAAGAUACUUUUGGUCUAUUACUCCGUUUCGUCCUUGCACGAUGUAACUUUUAUGUUCAACUUGACAUGUCUUCGUCUUACAACAGCCACUAGUAAUUCAGAACAAUAGGGAUAAUACGUGAUAAUCCAAGUUCCUGCUGUUCCUUGAUAUAGCUUCCUAAUGCCUAGCAAAGGUGGAACGUCCGAGCGAAGGGUCUCAAGUCUAUGACCGAAAAUUGCUCAUCUUCUAUCCCAUUUUGGUUUUUGAUUGAUUUUCUAUGAUCCCAUUCAUCAAGUAGUCUGACCUGCUGAACCUGCCAGUUUCACUUAAAAUAAAUCUUUUCUACGAGAACAGGCCCUGACCCAAUACAAUAUAUUGUCAUGUGCUACAUUAACUAGUCUCGAGGAUGAGAACAAAGAGGGAAGUGUUUAGGUUAACAAGCAGUGAACAAUGCCAAUUUAAAGGGUAGUGUCUAUGAUUAGUGCUGGGGGGCAUCAAUUGAAAACAUCAUCUUCAGCCAGUACCUGGGCUAGAAACAAAAUAUCGAAGAAAUGGCGAGUAAAAAAUAUUCAUAUUCAGAAUCUGUCGUUUUCUUACCAUUUGGCUUCACGGGGAACAACUCUUGAGAUUGAUGUACAUAAUGCUUUGAAUCGCCUCCAGGUUACUUUCGAACUGAGGUCUUAAUUUGGCUUCCAAGAAAUACAGACAGGUUCUAUUCUUUGUUCAAUUAUAUAGUAAAUCGAUAGUCUUUACUAGUUGACCAGGAAUAUGAAACUAGUUGGAAAGAUCAUAAUAACUACAACGUCCUUUGUGAGCAGGGAGAAUGUUUGUGCUUGCAUUUUUCAUAAAUUGUACUCGGGCUUUUUUAUCCGGAGGUUUAAUUGCCGUUUUUAAGUUUAUUUGCUUGAGAUUGUUUUGGAGUUUGGAUAUUUUCGGAAUGUUCUGCACUGUUAUCUUUGCCAAAUUUUGAUGAGCGAGUCAUACUUUGUGACUUUACAAACAAGCUCAGACCAUAUUUCACUGACAUGGAAUAUUGUUAAGAGGCAGAUUCAAAUCAGUUCCUUAUUCGAUUGCUUAUCUUCUACAGUAGCCGGUAAUGUUUAGAAUUAAAUCUUCUGAGAUUAAGUGUUAUUCGAUUGCUUAUCUUUAAUUUAUUGGUCAUACAUCAUAUAACCGGUGCAUGUUUUCUGAAUAUAUUGCUUCAAUAUCGUGAAUGGUCAAUGUUUAUUCGAUUAGAGUGACUUCAAGCUGUGAUCAUAAAAAAAAGUGCUUUGAUUGUGACAUACGUGCCAUUUUUGCAGGGCUGAUGUCAUCGAAGCUCUAUCGUGCGCCUUCCUCCUCUGUUUACUGGUAGUAUUUUCGUAUGUAACACUUAAUCUCAGACACUUUUGGCUUUCGAGUUGCAUUUUAUUUCUUGGAAUCCUCCUACCCAUAUGCCUGGCAAUUUCUAGGCAUAGAAAAGUUGCGAAGAAAAGGGAAAGAAGAUUGCUACUGCCAUUGUCCAUGUGA